GACAUUUGAACCUAAUACCAUCUUAGCGAUCUUAGACGCCUCCUCUCUUUUCUUUUUUUCUUCUUCCUAUAUUUCCACUUCUCUCUUCUCACAGUUGUGACCACUUUUCUAAUGCACCCAACUCGCCGGAAAACACCAUUUCUCUCCUCCCUGAAAUUAGCAAUGAAGCAAGCCGGUGGCACUGGCCGCAAGGGCAACAAUGUCUCCGUGUUCGUUGUCGUGUUCUCCAUAUUUCUCUUCGGAUGUUUCAUGUAUAACGAGGACGUGAAAUCAAUCGCCGAAUUUCCUUUUUCCAGGCCUAAGGCUCAAGAAAUCCAAGAAGAGAACAACCCCGGUCAAGAAAGCUUCAAGAAUAACCCAGUCAGUUUGGUUUCGAUGAGUUCAAGAAGUUCUGAAGAAGAAAGCUUCAAGAAUGACCGAGAAGUGACCGAAGUUCCAAAGAGUUCAAGUUCUUCUGAUGAGCAGGAAGUGAAAACAACAUCGGACAUGACAGUGGUUGAGGAAGAAGAUGAUCGGAUUGAAUUGCCACCAGAAGACUGUGAUCUCUUCACAGGAGAGUGGGUUUUGGAUAAUGCCACACACCCCAUAUAUAAAGAAGACGAAUGCGAGUUCUUGACAGCACAGGUGACUUGCAUGAGGAAUGGAAGAAAGGACUCUCUCUACCAGAACUGGAAAUGGCAGCCUAGAGAUUGCUCUUUGCCCAAGUUUAAAGCAAGUUUUCUGCUGGAGAAGUUGAGAGGGAAGAGGCUUAUGUUUGUUGGUGACUCAUUGAACCGAAACCAAUGGGAGUCCAUGGUUUGUCUGGUUCAGUCUGCUGUUCCUAAAGGCAGGAAGAGCUUGAGAAAGACUGGCUCUCUCUCUGUCUUUAGAAUGGAGGAUUAUAAUGCUACUGUAGAGUUUUACUGGGCUCCAUUCCUGGUGGACUCAAACUCAGAUGACCCAAAUAAGCACAGCAUACCGAACAGGAUCAUAAUGCCUGAAUCAAUCAAAAAGCAUGGUGAAAACUGGAAGGGGGUGGAUUACCUCAUUUUCAACACAUACAUAUGGUGGAUGAACACUGCCACCAUGAAAAUCCUGCGGGGAUCGUUCGAUCAAGGGUCCACAGAGUACGAUGAGAUCCACCGGCCCGUAGCGUAUGCAAGGGUUUUGAAUACAUGGUCUAAGUGGGUUGACCAAAAUGUGGAUCCAAAUCGUACCACUGUUUUCUUUGCCAGCAUGUCUCCUCUCCAUAUCAAGAGCUUGGAUUGGGGCAACCCAGAAGGGAUCAAAUGUGCGUUAGAGACCACACCAAUUUUGAACAUGUCGAAGAAGGUAAAUGUGGGUACGGAUCGUCGUCUAUUUGUUGUCGCCAAGAAUGUGACUGAAUCAAUGAAAGUUCCAGUGCAUUUUCUCAACAUAACGACUCUAUCCGAAUAUCGAAAAGAUGCACACACCUCAGUUUACACCAUCCGGCAAGGCAAAAUGCUGAAUGAUGAGCAGAAAGCCGACCCUGCCACCUAUGCAGAUUGCAUCCAUUGGUGCCUCCCGGGCUUGCCCGAUACGUGGAAUGAGUUCCUCUAUGCACGUAUCAUUACUCAGUCUUGACACUUGAGACGCUCUUCUGUUUUACUUUCCUUUUUUUUUUUCAUUAAUUAAUCCCACAAUUGUAUGUUGAAUUUGUCUUAUCUUGUUUUUGUUCCAAUGGAGUUCUUGUUUACGCUUCAUUUCUAACCUCUUUUCCUUUCCCAUCUUAAUUUCCUCUUGUACUUUUAGGUUGUUGGUAGGGAACCCAUUUGAGUGAGACACACUGGCAGUUAAGGGUACUAUGUGUCCAUCAAUUGGGUGAGCUUGCAUGUCUGCUUCCAUGUUAUCGGCAUGAACUGUAUAAUGAAUCUUUUAAUUGAAAUGAAAAUAAUGCAAUAAUGUUAAUUGUUAA